AUGGACGGUUCCCAGACUAUUAGUCGUCUAAAGGGUUCACUAGGCCAUCAGUUCUUGUUAUUUAUCAUUUGGUUAUCCAGUUUCCAAGUUGCUGUGGCUUUGCAGACUCUGCUUGAGCCCAAUCAUGUUUCUUCAACGUCUGAGCUAGCAACUCCACCUAUUUCUGGACUUUUUGGUCCUAUUGAAAUAUCACCUGCUGUCCUCCCACGUAACCCUUAUCCUGGUGAAUCUUUGGCUCCUAUGUACCCGACUUUUCCCACCACAUAUGAGCCAAAAUUAACUGGGAAAUGCCCUGUAAAUUUCACCGCCUUGUCAAAUGUCAUAGACAGAACUGCAUCUGAUUGCUCUCAACCCUUGGCAGCUCUUGUAGGAAAUGUAAUAUGCUGUCCGCAGCUUGGUAGUUUGCUCCACAUCUUCCAGGGUUAUUACAGUGUCAACUCUGAUAAGUUGGUUCUGCAGAAUGCAGUUGCUGAUGAUUGUUUUUCAGAUAUCAUUAGUAUACUAGCCAGCAGAGGGGCCAAUAUCACCAUACCUACACUUUGCUCUGUUAAAUCAUUAAAUCUUACUGGUGGGUUGUGUCCAGUCAAGGAUGUCGUUAACUUUGAGAAAGCGAUAAAUACAAGCAAAUUACUGGAAGCCUGCAGUACUGUCGAUCCUCUUAAAGAGUGUUGCAGACCAAUUUGCCAAUCUGCAAUCACUGAAGCUGCUCUUAGGAUUUCUGGGACACAAUUGCCAAUCAAUGAUAAUAAAGAGUUAGUGACCGAGCCUAAUCAUAAUGAUCCUCUUAGUGAUUGUAAAGGGGUGGUAUAUUCAUAUCUCUCUAGGAAGCUAUCAGCAGAUGCUGCAAAUACUGCAUUCCGGAUAGUGUCUGCCUGCAAAGUUAAUAAGGUUUGCCCUUUGAAUUUCACACAGCCAUUAGAAGUUAUUAAAGCAUGUCGAAAUGUAGCUGCUCCCAGUCCCUCCUGCUGUAGCUCAUUAAAUACAUACAUUGCUGGGAUACAAAAUCAAAUGUUAAUUACAAACAAGCAGGCGAUAAUCUGUGCAACAGUUUUGGGGUCCAAGCUACGACAAGGCGGGGUCAUGACAAAUGUAUAUGAGCUUUGUGACAUUGACUUGAAAGAUUUUAGCAUCCAAGCAUAUGGACAACAAGGGUGUCUACUUCGAAGCUUGCCUGCCGAUGUUAUAUUGGAUAAUUCGACAGGUUUCAGUUUUACAUGUGACUUGACUGACAACAUUGCAGCUCCAUGGCCCUCGUCAUCCUCCAUGUCAACCUUGUCUCUUUGUGCCCCAGAGAUGUCCUUGCCUGCCUUGCCGACAUCACAGAUAAAAAACUCUGGCAAUCGUGGUGGUGAGUUGCAGUUGCUGCUGGUACCCAUUUUUUCAUUUUUUAUUUUCAGUCCAUUGUUGAACUGA